GAUAUUGAAGGCACCUUUCGGGCAAGCAGGCUUGCGCACCAAGAUGUCGAACCCACCACCGUCAUCAACCCCAUCAUUUUCUCCGACUCAUACCCCCACAGCCUAUCCCUGGCCUGUCGAAAAAGGAGUCUCGGAGAGGUCCCAAGACACCAGGGCAAGCUGCCAAUUUAUAACAUUCUAUCACACCUGUGGGUGCAGAUCCUAUAAAGACUCUGUUUACCUCUGUAGCAUUGGUGCAUGCCAGCAUACAAGAUCAACUGUAGUGCUAGGGGAGCUGCCUUUCGCAUGCGGGUCAUACCCAGGACGAUCAGCGGCAUGUGGUACUGAGGACCCGGCUAAGAGGGAGUUCGUCCGAGAAGUAGACACAGCGGACAGACUUGAAAAGUUGCUGGUCCUCCCGGAUUGCACCAGAGCCGACAUUGAUGAUUUGAUCCCGCCAUUUCAUAACCCCAAUUGGGACUACGAGAUCUCUAGCCGCUAUCACGGAAGGCCCUCCCAGAGCAGCAGCUGCUUCCUCCCACAGGUUCCUCCGAACAAUGACAGGAGUAUCAAUGAAAGAGACCUUGGCGUUCAAGAGGUCGUACACAUGCUCCUAUCAAAAUGUGAGACCGCAGAAGAGGAGCAUAAAGAAAGUAUGGUGGAGAGAUACGUGGAGGAGCAGCAGCAGCUUAACUGUCAACAAUUACAAAAUAUGCCAAUUGAUAAAAAUGGUCAAGAGAUAUCAGAUAUUUCUCCGGUAAGGCAUAUUUGGGGCGAUAUAUGGGACGCCGUGGGCUCCGAGAGCAAACGUCAACACGACGCAGCCUGCUACGAUGCAGCUUACCACGAUGAAAAGCCCGCCGACGCCGUCAUGUUUAGCUCCGAGGAUAACACCAAGGAUUCCCCAUAUUCUCCCAGAAUAGGUUACAUAAAUUCUGCAACGGUGGUGAAAGGUUCAGAUAGUACGUAUUAUGAGCAACAACCUCAGGGCGAUAAUCACGCAGAUGACAUCCCUAAGUUGGAGAGUUUUAAUACUCGCAAGUAUUCAGAAGAAGGAUUCGGCGAGUCAGACGAGGUAACGGAUGAUUUCAUCGAUUUCCUCGCCGAAAAAGAUAAAAAGUUGCAGGAAGGGAACCCGAUGAUGAAAAAGUUUUGGUCAUACAUUAGAGGAUACUGA